AUGCAAACAAAAAAAACUACAAUUAUUUCUGGAGUACCAAGAACCUCUGUAAUGGUGGCUGCUCUUCGUACUCUCAAUACUAAUUCUUUCAUCAAAGAACAAUUGGAAAAAGAUGAAAAAUUAGAUGCUCAUCUAUUACCAUAUUAUGAAAAUAUUUACAAAAAGGAAAAUUUUGUUUCUAAAACAAAAUUAUCUGUAUAUGAUCCAUAUGCAUGCUUUUUUAGUUCUACCGAGGAUUCAAAGACAAUCAUCUUAAAUUCAUUGGAUAAAAUUGCAGAAUCAUGUCCAAAGGUUUUUGAAACCCAAAUGUUCAAGGAUCAUUUGAUUGAUUCUGGACUUCCAGCAGAUCUUACUGUUGAUGGUAUGAUCAAUAUUAUCAAGGAUUCUUCUCCGCUCAAAGCAUGGAGUUUGGUAUCAUUCGAUUCCUUUAAUAAUCAUAUGGCAUUAAGAACCAAAUUCAUUGAUGACUAUGUUCUUAGUAACAUUGACAAAUAUCAACAAUUUGUAAUUCUUGGAGCUGGAUUGGAUACCCGUGCUCUAAGAAUGCCUUUCAGCAACUCUACUACUGUUUGGGAGAUUGAUUUCCCAGAAACAUUUGAAUACAAAGAGACCAUCUUGAAGGAAGCAGUCAAAAUCAUUCCACCAAUUUCUCAAGCAAGAAAUAUUCAUAUUUCAGGUAAUCUUGCUGGUAACAACGAAUGGAUCUCCAAACUAGAGGAAUCUGGAUUCAAUAAGAACAAACCUACACUUUGGAUAUUGGAAGGUCUACUUAUGUAUAUUUCAAAUGAAGAUAUUGAAAUUCUUAUGAACCAAAUAUCAUCUAUCUCACCAACUAACUCUACAAUGUUGAUCCAGACAAUGAGUGAAGAAUACAAUGAGACAAGCAAAGUUCAAACAAUGUUUACAUCACCAUUAAAAGAUGAAUUUAAAUCUUCCACUAUCAACCCAGAGCAAUACUUAAUCAAAUGUGGAUUCACCAAAGAAAUCAAAACCUUUAAUGAGCCUGAUUUGGAGAAGUUGUAUCUUUCUCCACAAUCCACUGAAGUAGGUUGUUCUGCUUUAACUGGAUUUACAAUUGGAUACAAAUAA